AUGCUGGCCAGCAUCUUCCUUCUUUUCAGUCAAUUCGUUCAUGCCUUCCCUGCUCCAACAAAAGACAGUACACUCUCCGCCUUUGUGGAAUCUUCUCUCCUUCUCACAAGCGCCAAUUGGACGACUGAAAUCGGAAAAGGAUCUUGGUUUAUAGAAUUCUAUACACCUAUAUCACAAUCAUGCAAAGAGCUGGCUCCAAUUUGGCAAGAAUUAACGUCAAACAAAGACAUCCUACGAACAGGAUAUCCAGACGCUCCUCUUUCGCUUGCACAAGUGGAUUGUAACGCAGAACAGGCUUUAUGCGUUCGAGAAGGUGUGACGCAUAUCCCAAAGUUGAGCUUAUACAAAGAUGGCAUUCAAACCGAAAGUGAAUUCACUGGAAAUCGAGAAUAUACAGAAUUGGCCGCAUUUGUAGAUUCAGAAGCAGCUUCAUAUCGUAAAUCAAAGGGUGUCAGUGAUAUUGCACAUCCCUUAGAAGCUUCUACCGGCUCAACAGCAGCCAACGCUGCUCCUGGUAAUGGUAAUCCAGCCGUAAAUGCUCCCGUUCCUGGCGCUGGCGCUGGAGAUGGAAAGGAAGCAAACAAGGCACCCAUCGUACCUCCAAAGCAAGAUACAAUCAAGGGGCAAGCUAUUCCAGUCCCACCACCACCAACAGUAUUCCAACGACCCAAUCCGCAGGGAAGAGUGUUACAGUUCGGCAUCGACGAAGCUGUAAAGGAUAAGCAAGCAUUACAAGAGUUUCUAAGCAAGAACGAGAAUCAUGGUGCUACAUUUGUCAAAUUCUUUGCACCUUGGUGUCCACACUGUCGUGCGAUGGCAGGCGCUUUUCGUCAAAUUGGAGAAGCACUCAAGGACAGAGUCAGUGUGGUAGAAGUGGAUUGUGAAGCAAAUCAUGCGGUUUGCGUUUCUUAUUCUAUUCAAGGUUUCCCAACGCUACGAAUGUAUAACGAUGGUGAAUCAACGGAAUAUCGUGGAGGCAGAUCGUUUGAUGCGAUGAGAACGUGGGCUUUGAAAGCUGGUAGUGCUUCUGGCGUUCGACAAAUUUCCGCCAAGGAGAUUCAUGAUAUCUCGCGGAAUGAUGAAGUGUUCUUCCUCUACUUACACGAAGAAGGUGUCCCGGAGAAGGAAGUGGACGCUGUCACACGUGCUUCACGUAUCUUGCUCACCACACCUGUUCAUGUCUAUCGAUCAUCGGAUGCAGAAUUGAUACAACGGUAUCGAAGCAGGCUAUCAAAAGCAUCAGUUGGAACAAACGCACUUUCCGGCUUGCUCGUCUUUAAAGAUCACGAUGACACCACCCCCACAGCCAGUCUACAUCCAUCAGAAGAACGAUCAAAAGGAAAGGAUCUACAGACCAGCAUAACCUCAUGGCUGGAUUCUGAAAGGUUCCCAAGUAUUGUAGAAGUGACGGGAAAUACGUUUAGCGAAGUGAUCAAUAAUCGACAAAAUACACCAGUCGUUCUUGCAGCCCUUUCGGAUGUGUAUCAC